AUGAGCGACGACAUCAACGUCAGGACAUCGGCCGUCGGCAACGGCAACAAGCUAGCGAUGGAUCGAAAAACAGCCGUGCGGCCCAUCCUCAUCGAUCAACGAGCAAAACGAGGACGACGUUUUGCAGUUGACUGCCGCCUCAUUGUCGCUGUUGUCGCAAUCGUUGACAACCGUAGUCAUUCCAUUUUUUACCUUUCCGUUCUGGACUUCACUUUGACAAACGCCAGAUGCCAAGCCCACGCUGCAAGCAAAUUCUCUCGCCCACGUUCCACGAUAACAAACCGUCUUUCGUCGACAAAUAUUGACACAUGCGUCAGGGAUGAACAAACAACGGCUGAGGUGGUGCAAAAAGACGAGGCACCGUCAGCGCGUACGUUCCUGACUCACUACGGCGGCAACAAUGAAAGGGGCCGCCGACUGAAGCCAUUUCGACCUCCCGAACCUGCCGGUACUCGGCAGCUAAUCGUGUUGUCGUAG